AUGGCAAAAAUCUCUUUUGUACUUCUCGUCGUCGCCCUUAUUGUCUUUCUACAUGUCUCUGAGGCUCAUCGUUCGAUAAAUUCCAACGAAUUAGUACUAGAAAACAACCUGAAUGAAGCCAAGGGCUUGAUCGAAGAGGAGUUGAAGAAAACGGAAAAGAACAUUCAGAAGUUGGAAACCGAUGUGAGUAUAUUAAGCAAAUCUGAGAUAAUGUUGAAGAAACUCGAAGAAGCUUACAAAAAUGGUAAGAGUAUAGAGCCUUUCAGAAAAAAUCUCAAGGCAUCCGACGAUAAGAUCGAGCAAGAGCCAGAAGAAGUGAGAUACAUUUCCAUAAUUAAAUGCAUUUUGAAGGAUUUAGGAUUAAACGGAGGGAGAUGUUGA